AUGCAGCCGAAGCUUGAUGCGGAGGUUAGGGAGGUAUUGAAGUGGUUACCGCCGAAUGCUUCGCUACCCAUAGGGCCGUUGAAUUGGCUUGACGAAGGGAAGGAGGGUCUGGUCAUUGUUGCUGUUGGCAAUAAUAAAGGCAUGGAAAGGGGGGAGAAGGUCGCCAGUCUUCAUUCGGGCCAGAAGUCGAUAGCAUGA